AGAAAUUUUUUUAAGUGCGAGUUGCUUAAGUGCGUUCUGUAUCUGCACAAACACGAACAGCUAAGCUGUGGUAGAGGAUUCUUAAAAUGUGGCCAAAGUGCAAACUAUUGCAUAAAAUGGAAUAAAAAGAUAAAGGAAUGCCAAAAUAUUCCGUGUUGUAUACUCAUCAAAAGCAAAAGAAACAAAAAACAUGGCAGGAUGGUUUUUUAACAGUUAUUCUGGAAAACAAGAAGGCUGUUCUUCUUGAUAGUUCUGGAUUGUGUAUUGAUUCAGCUUUUUUGAGUGCAGAACAGCUGUGUAAAGGUAAAGAACUUGAGACUGAAAAGUUUUUGAUUACAAUAGAAUCAAAUGAUGAAGAAUCAGAGUUAAAACCAAGUCAAGAAUUGACAAGAAAAAGAAAUAAUAAUAAACUUUCCAUAGAUGUUGCAAAAAAAUUUGUGUGUGUUCAAAAAAAUAUUGGAAAAAAAGACCAAAGUCAUUCUUUACAAAAAGUUAAUAUUUUGCCAGAAAGUAAAAGUAAUGAAAUUAAAGAAAAAACAACUUUGACCGAAAGAAAAAGAAGUGUGUGUGACAUAAUUGCAUUAUUUAAUAACGACAAUAAAACUAUAUCUUCAGUUACAUCUUGUGAAAAUGAAAAUUUGCAGCAAUUCGAAACUGCAAGUUUUUAUGCAAAUAAAAAAACUAGAGUUGAAAGCUGUAAUGGCAGUAUCAAUGAUGUACUUAAAAAGGAUAUUUUUUUUAACAAAUCAAUAGUGUCUGAACAUACUGCAGUUGAUCUUUCUUCUGUAGCAAGAUUUGAUGGUUUACCUUCAACAAGUGAAUCUUUAAAUAAUCAAAUAUCACUUGGUAAUGAAUCAGAAAAUAAGCAUAAACCACAAGUUUUUGGUUUGUCAAAUAGUGUGAAUAGAAGAUUUAAAGAUUUAAGAGGUGUGAGUCAAGUAAAUUCAUUUUCGGUUCCCUUCUCUACUUUAAAUUCGACCCUUUUCUUUCCAUCAAUGGAUGACAUAAAAAAUAAAAUAGUAACAAAACGGCAAAUUAUUAUUCCAACAUGUUUUAACUCAGUUACAAAUUACAAGCAAACAUUUAAGGCUGCACUUAUGGAGCAUUUAAAUAUUGUGUUAUUCAACAUUGCUAAAAAAUAUUUUGAAGCCUUAGCCUGUGUAGAUGUUUCAGCCAUUACUAAAGAAUUUUGUUUAAAAAAGUUUGAUACCAAAGUUCCCAGUUGUAAACAUGGACCAGCUGUUAUGCGAACAGUAAAAAAAGAUGGAAAAAAUCAUGGCAGAAUGUUUUUUUCAUGUUCAUUACCAUCUCAAUUAAAAUGUAAUUUUUUUGUUUGGUUGGAACAAGUUAGCAAUUGUAAACAAUUGUCUGUUGAAACCAAAACACCUAUAAAUGAUUACAUGAGUGCAGUUGCAUACUUUAGUUCAAGAGGAGUUGAGUUAUAUUUUGGAGUAAAAUUUCUGCGAAAAAUCCAGUUUCAUUCAUCUAAAGUAUCAUUAUAUCUUCUUUUACCAAUAAAGAAAGCAGCUUCACGAUAUAACAUGGGAGAUUUAUGGAUUAUUUCUAAAACAUUAGAUUUUAAGCGUGAUGGAACUUUUAUUUCAAAGAGUGUAUUUUACGGCCCAAAUUCUGCAGGUGAACUGGAAAUUUGUCCAAUGUCAGGAUAUUCACGUGGUAAUUGGUCUAAUGAAGAAAUCUGCUAUGCUAUACAAGCCUACAAUGCAUCUAGCGAGCUUGCUUGCUGCUCAAAUAUUGAUGAUUUUUUGAAUAGCAUUGAUGUACCUGUUCUAAAAUAUUUAUUAGAGAGUCCAUUUUUGUCAAAAAAGUGUACUUUAUAUGAUUUAUAUAAGUUUGAUCUUCCGACAUUAGAAGUUCGCGAAUUAUUGAAUAAAACUGUUUGCGAUUACAAAUUAAAUCAAGAUCAAGCUAAUGCUUUAGAAGGAAUAGCAGAUAUGUUUUUAAAAGAUGAUCGUGUGACACUUAUUCAUGGAGUUUUUGGAUCAGGUAAAAGUUAUUUGUUGUCGACAGUUGUUGUGUUUCUUGUUCACUUGUUUGCAAUGAUUGAAUCACUUACUAAUGGGAAAAUGAAAAUGAAGUUGUUAGUAUCAUCAGCAACCAAUGUAGCUGUUGACAGAGUGCUUCAAGGAUUAUUAGAUUUAGGUUUUGAGAAUUUUAUUCGUGUUGGAAGCGUAAAAAAAAUUGCUAAAAGUAUACUUCCCUACACUGUACAUGCAAGUGAGGAAGAAGAUCACGAACUUCGUGAGUUAAACGAUCUUCUAAAAACCGAGCUUAGCGAUAAGGACAAAGGGUAUGUUCGCAAAGCCAUAGAACAGCACAAACUUGGAGUAAAUAGAAAAAAGCUAACUGAUGUUAAUGUAGUUGGUGUCACAUGUGCUGCAUGUGUCUUUCCAUAUUUACAGAAACUUGAAUUUAAAGUUCAACUUUUAGAUGAAUGUACUCAAAUGACGGAGCCCCUUUGCAUGCUUCCUAUUGCGCGUUUUCAUUGUGAAAGGUUAAUACUAGUUGGGGAUCCUAAACAGUUAAGUCCGACAAUUCAAGGGUCUGAAUCAGACCACGAUAUGGGUCUUGAGUUGACUUUGUUUGAGCGUAUGCAAAGACUUUUUCUAAAACCUUUUGUUUUGCGGACACAGUACCGAUGUCAUCCAUCGAUAAGCUCAAUAUGCAACAAAAUGUUUUAUGACAAUAUGUUAUUAGAUGGUGUAACAGCUAACGAUCGCCAAAAACUUGUAAAUUGGCUUCCGACUUUAUCUUUUAUUGAUGUGAAUGGACAGGAACAGUGCGAUUUUGAGAACAGUUACUCUAAUGUUUGCGAAGCACAGUUUGUUGUAAAUUUGCUUGAAUUAAUUUUUGAAACUGGUAUAGAACCAAAUCAAGUUGGUGUGAUUACACAAUAUAAAUCCCAAGUAGCUAAAAUAGCUAGUUUUUUACGGGAGAGUAAAUCAUGUAUUACUUCCAGCAACUUAAAAGCUAUUCAAAUGUCUACUGUUGACGCUUUCCAAGGAGCUGAGAAAGAAAUUAUUAUUUUGUCAUGCGUCCGUAGUCGACAUAUUGGAUUUAUAGAUUGUCCUUUUCGUACAAAUGUUGCUCUUUCUCGUGCUAAACGUCAUUUAGUUAUUGCCGGUAAUAAAAAAUUAUUAACUAGUAAUGCAUGCUGGAAUGGUGUCUUAAAUAUAUGUAAUCUAGAAAAAGCAGUCAUUAUGUCUUCUACUGAUUUUUUAAAAAACAUCAAUAUAAGAAUCUCUGAAUAAUCAUUUCAUCAAUGUUUUAUCCAGUUUACUCAAAAGAGGGAUUCUGUUUUUCAAAUUUAAAAAGUCGUUGAUUUGCAAAUUUAAUUCUUCUAGGAAUAUAAAGCAACAAUUAAA